GGAACUGCCAGCCGCUGGCUGCAGGCUCCGCGGCCACAGAACCUGAGUCCUGCUGCGGAGCUCCUGGUGGCCGGACUCAGAGGCGCUGCGGCAAGGUCGCAUGUCCCUGCCAGUCCUCACUAUGAACACCAUCGUCUUCAACAAGCUCGGGGGAGCCGUGCUUUUUGAAGACCGAGGCACCCCAGAUCGGGAACGUGGAAGCCGGCCGUACGGUGGCGUCCUGGACAAUCCACACACAGGCCCAGAGGUGGGCAUUCCGGAUGGCCCGCCCCUCAAAGACAACCUCAGCCUGAGACACCGGAGGACAGGGGCCCGGCAGAAUGGAGGGAAGGUGAGGCACAAGCGACAGGCCUUGCAAGACAUGGCACGGCCGCUUAAGCAGUGGCUUUACAAGCACCGUGACAACCCGUACCCUACGAAGACUGAGAAGAUACUCUUGGCCCUAGGCUCGCAGAUGACGCUAGUGCAGGUGUCAAAUUGGUUCGCUAAUGCCAGACGUCGGCUGAAGAACACUGUCCGGCAGCCAGAUUUAAGUUGGGCCUUAAGAAUAAAGUUAUACAACAAGUAUGUUCAGGGCAACGCAGAACGGCUCAGUGUGAGCAGUGAUGAUGACUCUUGCUCUGAAGAUGGAGAAAAUCCCCCAAGAAAUCACAUGAACGAAGAGGGCUACAGCACCCCUGCCCACCACACUGUCAUUAAAGGGGAGAGCACAGCAAUAAAAGCUGGCGGGAGACCAGAGUCAAGGGCAGCUGAGGACUACGUGUCACCGCCCAAGUAUAAGAGCAGCUUGUUGAACCGUUACCUUAACGACUCUUUGAGACAUGUCAUGGCCACCAGCACUGCCAUGAUGGGGAAAACAAGGCGAAGGAACCAUUCCGGGUCUUUUAGCUCCAACGAAUUUGAAGAAGAGCUGGUGUCUCCAUCAUCAUCAGAAACUGAAGGGACCUUUGUCUAUCGCACAGACACCCCAGACAUUGGAUCUACUAAGGGUGACAGUGCUGCUAACAGAAGGGGGGCAAGCAAGGAUGACACAUACUGGAAAGAGAUCAACGCAGCCAUGGCCUUAACAAAUCUCGCCCAGGGAAAAGAUGACGUGCAGGGGACGACCACCAGUUGCAUCAUCCAGAAGUCUUCCCACAUAGCAGAAGUAAAGACAGUCAAGUUGCCAAUGGUGCAGCGCUUCUAG